GGAAGUGGAGAGGAUUUCAGCGGGUGUAAUUUACAAGGGACGUUUGGGGACUGUGGCUGCACGAGGCAGGAAAGAAAAAGAGUGGGUUGCUGCUCUCUGCUGGGCACUGCUGCUCCGGUAGAUGUUUCCCUGUUGUUUGGUGCAUGAUUUAGAGAAGAGGAGGAGUUGGAACCAGCGAGUGGCAGGAGAUAGGGGGGUUUGGCUGCUGCUGGGGGGGGGGCCUUUCUCUGUCUCUCUUCCUCCCCGGGUGUAGCAUCUAGAGCUCUCCCGGCGUUGGCUCUGCUGUCCCCGGGUGGGGGCUCGCAGGCAGAGGGCGCGUGCCUCCCUCGCUCCGUGGUGCGGGGUGUGUGUGUUUUCGGGGGGUGGGGGUUGUGUCUGAACCAGUUAGGAAGAAUGACUCUGGAGUCCAUCAUGGCGUGCUGCCUGAGCGAGGAAGCCAAAGAAGCCAGGCGGAUCAACGAUGAGAUCGAGAGGCAGCUCCGCCGGGACAAGCGGGACGCCCGCCGGGAGCUCAAGCUGCUGCUGCUGGGUACGGGAGAAAGUGGCAAAAGCACAUUCAUCAAACAGAUGAGAAUUAUACAUGGAUCAGGAUACUCUGACGAAGACAAAAGGGGUUUCACAAAACUUGUGUAUCAGAAUAUAUUUACAGCAAUGCAAGCUAUGAUCAGAGCUAUGGAAACACUCAAAAUCCCAUACAAGUACGAACACAAUAAGGCCCAUGCACAGUUAGUUCGAGAAGUUGAUAUAGAGAAGGUAUCAGCAUUUGAGAAUCCCUUCGUAGAUGCAAUAAAGAGUUUAUGGAAUGACCCUGGGAUCCAAGAGUGUUAUGACAGACGGCGGGAAUAUCAGCUAUCGGACUCAACUAAAUACUAUGUUUAUUGCCAGGAGCUUGGAAAGGUCCAGUAUUUGAAAACAAUUUCUUACAUUACAGCCGCAAAAUGUGUGUGUGCAGCAGUUUGUGGUGCACAGAAAACAGAUAAAAGCACCUUUAACAGUAACCAGCUAAAGAAAAUCUACUCAGCAUUUUCAGUAUUUAGUGAUGUGCCUAAAAGAAUGGUGGAUGUAGGAGGCCAACGAUCAGAAAGAAGAAAAUGGAUACAUUGCUUUGAAAAUGUCACAUCUAUCAUGUUUCUAGUAGCCCUUAGUGAAUAUGAUCAAGUACUUGUGGAGUCAGACAAUGAGAACCGAAUGGAGGAAAGCAAAGCACUGUUUAGGACAAUUAUCACAUAUCCGUGGUUCCAGAACUCUUCGGUCAUUUUGUUCUUAAAUAAAAAAGAUCUUCUAGAGGAGAAAAUUAUGUACUCCCAUCUAGUUGACUAUUUCCCAGAGUAUGAUGGACCCCAGCGAGAUGCACAGGCGGCACGAGAGUUCAUUUUGAAGAUGUUCGUGGACCUGAAUCCAGACAGUGAUAAAAUUAUCUACUCUCACUUCACAUGUGCUACAGACACAGAGAAUAUCCGCUUCGUCUUUGCUGCUGUCAAGGACACUAUCCUACAGUUAAACCUGAAGGAGUACAACCUGGUCUAACUGUGCCUAGUAGGCCCCCCAAAAUUCCCAUCGGGCAAUUGAAGAUAUACAAGAGGGACUGUAUUAUCUGUGAAAACGACUUGCAUAAUACUAAUUUAUUGCCGGCCUGGACUCUGUGAAUGUUCACAGAGUUUGUAGUAAAUAUUAUGAUUUUAUUUAAACUAUAUUGAGGAAAAACAAAAGAUGCUGAAAUACAUUCACAGCAUGUUUCCUCAUUUUUUUAGGCAAAACCUUGUGACUCAAUGUGUUUUAAAUUCUCAGUCAUGCACUCACAAAGGAUAGGGGUUUUUUUGCUAUUGAGGGAAAAUCAAGCUGGUUUCCCCUUUCCCUGACUCUUUCUUUCUCACUCUCUCCCCUUUCCUCCACUGCAUUUUAUUAUUGUUUUCAAAGGUACAAUGGCCUUUUUUUUCAGUUGCAUUCCUUGGCAGACUGUUUUCUCUACAGUGAUCUGAUCAGGAAAAUACUAUCAUCACAAUUUAAGCCAUCAAUCAUUCUAAUUUUACAGUAUGUACUUUUUCUGAAGGAUCAAAAGUAUUGAUACUGUGAUUUUAAAAUUCUUGACAUGGAUAUUUUGCAAACUAUCUUCACACUGUGGGCUAGGAAAUUGGGUUCAAAAACAGCAGUUGUAGUAACAUGGAUUUUAACUUUAGCUGUAACGUGGCAAAUCAGAACAAUGCGUAGAAGACAGUAAUGAAAUGACUAAGGCAAAAUGAUGAUGUGGAAUAUGAUCGAAUUUCUUUUUAAUUGCCAUGUGUCCUUUCUUCUUUCUUUUCUUUCAAAUCAUAGAUGCCAAACAAAAAUGCCAUAGACACUACAUUUUCCCCAGAGGCUACAGCCUGAAACAGUGUUUUUUCAGGUUGGCUUUGUUCGUUUGUUCUUAUUUUUUGUUUUGGUUUAGUUUGUUUUUUUUAGUUAGAGCUUUUUAAAUAUUUUUGACCACAAUUUAAACAUUAUUUUUACUGAAUAAAAAAAAUUCAUGUUGCCAAACGUGGCUUUUUAUAAAACCAAUAGCUUUGAAACGUAAGAUACUAAUUGAAAUGCCAAAUUGAUUGAUUGGGAAACAACGGGAUUGACACUACUGCCAAAUGAUAAAGAAUUAAAGUUUUAACUCAUAUGUCCCCCCCCUGCUUUUUUUAAAGAAUGUGUUCCAUUUUGAAUGCCAAAAACAGCAGCGUGAGUGAAAAUGCUGUUGGGUGCAUCAUGCACAUGCAUAUUGUCUAUACUAAUUUAAAGACAAUUUUACUCUGUCCAUAUGUCAAAGAUAGUAUGAGAAUACAGGGAACAUCUUCUGCAGUAAUAUCAGGGCACCUUUAAUUGUAAAACAUGAAAUUACUGAUGAGUAAUCAUAUUCAGGACCCUGUCUUGAUACAGUUGCCAGUUCAUUGAUUGACAGAUAUCUAAUAGGCUUAAUACAAAGUAGCCUCUCUCAGUGUUCCAUAGAAAUAUUUAUUAAACGAAACAGCAAAUAUCUUACUUUUGAACUCUAAAUGUGCAAUUUUUUUAAACAACAAAGACAACACACACAUGUAUGAGGCUCUAUUCUGCAGGUUGGGUUGAAAAAACAUUUUUUAACCAGUCACAAGACUGCUAGCAAGCUGCAGAGAACUCAGAGGUCUGACAUGUAAUUGGACUGAUUAUCCACAAUACCAUGCAGCACUAGAGUGCAUUUAUGUAGAAAUUGCUCCUUCAGAGCAGCGUGAGGAGGGGAGAGUGGCUUACUAGUUGAGUACCAAAGUUAACAAUAAAUACUAACGAGAUGUGGUUCAUCUUUAACCCGCCCCUCCAAUGCAAAACAACAGUAAUAACAAAAGUAUUUUUUUCUCCCUCAUGAGACACCAUGUAAUUUAAAACUGGUUGUAGGUAUAGUGCAAUUAUGAAUGCUAUAAUCAUUGUACAUACAUACAUACACAUAUAUAUAUGUGUGUGUGUAUGUUUGUAAUAUAGCAGCAUCCAUAUUGGCUUUGUAAUCAUUAAUUUUUUGGCCGAUUGAAUGUGCUGUAUUGAUAUGUAUCUAUGUAAUUGUAUUGUAUGUCUUAUAGCUAAUUCACAUUUUAAAUAAUGUUAUUUUAUUUACUUUUUUAAGAGAGAAGAAUGUAAAUUUUGUCAGUUUAUUUCUGACUAGGGAUUUUUUUUAUUUACAAA